AUGAAAGCUACAGAAUCAAUAUCAGGCUAUUUUAGUAGAGUUCAGACAAUAACUAAUCAAAUGAAGAGAAAUGGAGAAGCAAUUAAUGAUGUAAGAAUUAUGGAGAAGAUACUUAGAACUUUAGACUCUAAAUUCAAAUAUAUUAUUCCGACAAUUCAAGAGUCUAAAGAUCUUUCCGAAGUUUCUAUUGAUGAGCUACAAGGUUCUCUGCAAGCUUAUGAACAAGAUAUAAACAUCAGUUCAAAACAAGCAGAGAAUCUAGAGCAAGCCUUGCAGAGUAAGAUAACUAUCAAAGAAGAUAGUCGAAGAUGGCGUGGAGGCUACAGAGGCAGAGGCUCUUUUCGAGGUGGCUCAAACUUCCAGCAAGGUUGUAGGAGACAGUACCAAGGAGGCCAUGAAAAUUAA